AGAUCCGAAGACUGUGGCAGAAGAAGGGGAGAAAACCUGAAGAAAGCCAAGAAGACACGAGCGGGACACUUAAAGGCACAGCGGGACUAUGCUGUAGCCCAGCAAAGUGACCAGUGGGAAAGGCCUCGCAGUGAGUUCAAGCUGGUUAAGCACCUGGGAGCAGGAGAUUUCGGAGAAAUAUGGGAAGGCCUCUGGAAUAACAAGGAUAAAGUGGCCAUAAAGACCUUCAAACGAGCAAAUGAGAGUCAUUUUAAAAAUGAGGUCAACGCUCUCAAGACCUUGUGUCACAAGAACCUGAUCCAACUUUAUGCAGUUUGUUCAGUAGGAGAACCGGUCUAUAUAGUCACUGAGCUCAUGGCUAAAGGAAGCCUCCUGCAGUUCUUAAAAGGUAAUGAAGGACCUUGGUUAACAGAUGCUAAUUUCAUGCACAUCAUCUCUCAGGUGGCAGAGGGGAUGGCCCAUCUAGAGAACAAGCAUAUACUUCAUAUUAACUUGGGCGCUCGUAAUGUGCUUGUGGGGGAGGAACUGUUGUGCAAGAUUGCAGAUUUCGGGUUGGCCAGAAUACUCAAGAAUGAUUUCUACUUAAUUGAAAAAGACACAAGUGUCCCAAUUAGAUGGACUGCCCCCGAGGUGCUGACAGAUGACAGAUACACUGCGAAGUCUGAUGUUUGGUCAUUUGGAAUUUUCAUGUAUGAAGUCUUCAUGUUGGGACGAACGCCCUACCCAGGAAUGAGUAACCAGGAAGUGAAAGAUAAAGUCCCAUCAGGAUACAGACUCCCCAAGCCGGAUGACUGUAGCCCCGAUAUUUACAUGUUGAUGUUGGAAUGUUGGCAGGAAGAACCAAACCGAAGGCCGAGCUUCUUUGACCUUGUGGAGAAACUGACUGCCAUCCAGCGUAGCCUCCAGUGAGAGUCAUGGUGUAUCUAAGAGCCGGCGGUUAGCAGACUGCCUGUAUUAUACAGCUGUAUUUGUGCUUAAUACUGAAGGGCUCAUUGAUGACCAGACUUGUGUAGAACUAAAUGGACGCAACGUGUGGGGAAAUGAACCCCGUUUGUAUCAUUGCACUUCUGCCCAUUUACCUGGGGCCCAUGUACCUGCCCAGUCGCUGAACUAUAGCAAGAAUGGGAAAGUUGUGCUCAACCCCUACAUGUUAAACCAUUUGUCGGGGGCAAUGAGGCCGUGACCACAAAAUUCAUACAGAGAGAAACAAGACCCCUCUGCACUGACCCAUUAUCAAUAUAUACAGGGCAUUAAGCCAUUCUGUGCAUUAAGCUACUAAGAAAUGCCCUCCCCUUCAAGCA